CUUAUAACGCCGGCCAGCGAAAAAUAUUUGCCAUGGUUAUUUUAGACGCGACGGCCGAGGAAUGGAGGAGUAAACCGGCCAAACCGGGGUAUAUGCAUAAACAGAACUUUGUAGUUGACCUGUCAUGAUAGUGACCAGGAAAUCUGUUUUCUUCAAGAGAAUUUAUCUGGAGUCAUGUCUAUCAGACAUUGCAGUCUUCGACUAAACCUAUUAUGAAUGAGCAUGGCAAGAUCUGGAACGAUUGAUAUUACAAUAUUAAGCCACUUUAAAGGGAAUCAUCUCCAGCAUUACAGAGGGUUCACCGGAAUGUGGUCAUCCAGAUAACAAAGUUUUGAUUUGAGAACAUCAGAAAGAGGAUUUAAUUUGCAGAAUCCUCCUCAACUACUGGAGCAGGUAGAUACUUGCGGACGAUCUUGCCAAAAUGGUGAAACUAACGAUAGACCUUAUCGCACGCUCGUCCGCGAAUGCGCGGAAGAAGAAAGACGAGGGGUUGUCAACGUACCUCAAGAAACUCACCCAUCUUUAUUUCUCCGAGAAGAACAUUGAUGAGAUUGAUGAUCUAUCCCAAUGUCGGAGCCUCUCCGUCCUCUAUCUCUAUGACAACAACAUCUCAGUCAUCAAGAAUCUUGGCUUUGCCGGUAAUCUUACCCAUCUCUAUCUACAGAACAACCAGAUCACAAGAUUGGAAAAUCUCACUCCCUUACACAAACUGUCGAAAUUAUAUGUAGGUGGCAAUAAGAUAGCUAUCCUGGAGGGUCUGGAGAAGUUACAGGAGUUGAAAGAGCUUCACAUGGAGCAUCAAAGGUUACCAACGGGAGAACGACUGCUGUUUGAGCCAAGGACGCUAGUUGCAUUAUCGAUGGGGCUUCAGGUGUUGAACGUCAGUGGCAACAAUCUCGAGGACAUCUCAGAGCUCGGCAUCCUACGUAGCAUCAUGCAGUUUGUUGCUUCAGACAAUAAGCUUCGGGACAUGAGGGCUCUCUCUGCUCUCAUCAGCUCCUGGCCAAAGAUAUGGAGGCUGGAGCUGGUAGGCAACCCCAUCUGCAACAAGGCCAAGUACAGGGACAGAGUGAUAGUCAUGAAUACCAAAAUAGCUGUCUUGGAUGGAAGAGAGGUCAGUGAAACGGAGAAGAAUUUCUUGUUGAGCUGGAAGGAAGCAAAAGACGCCAAGAAGCGGCAACGGAUAGAGGAAGCCAACAGGAUAAUGGAGAGUAGUCAAGAAAACAUUAUGCAACCACAACGUGAGCUUCCCCCUGUCUUGCCACCCAAUGGCUCCCGCUGGAAUCGGGCAGCCGCCCCAAACAAGGUCUACAUGAUGCCCGGUAUGGUCGGGGGCAAGAAGAAGUUUGAUGCGGUGCUAGCCAAGUCUCACAUUCCUGCCUCGGCUCCUCAGGGCACCAGAACGAACCCCCUAGAUAACCUCACCCUCGGUCGGAAAAGCUUGACUGAUUUAGAGCGGCCAGCUAGGAGUAUGCCGAUCCCUCCGCAAGCUCCGGUCUUCCUACCCGAUGAGCCUACAAUGAAUGGCUUGCCUAAUGGAGAACUGGACUUCAAUCUCACUGGACAUGUCAUUUCUAUCACCUAGUACACCCCUACUAUCUUGAAAUGGACUCUCCCAGCAUACUGAAAUAGCAAUGGGUGUUGGAUCAAUCUAUUGUGAGAAGAGGGGAUAUUUUUAUGUCAGUAAAUAUUGAUGGAUUGGCAUACCUAUUUUGUGAAUGAUGCCUUUAUCCUUGAAUUUCCUGUGAUGUAAAGUGGACUAUUCUUGUACAUUGAACAAGAUAUCUUUAUUGAGGAAGUCUUGCGAAUGUAGAAAAAGAUCUUGUAAUAACAAGGCAUGACCUUGUUGAUUAGCAACUGUCUUUAAUGUAACAACCUUUCUGUCUUAUUUGACUCAUUGAUCUCAUAAAGAGAGCUUUAAAGUUCUAGUAUUAUAUUGUCCACAUAAACAGUGAACAUAGUUGGCAUUUGUCAAUAAGAUAUGUUCUUCAGACAGUACUAAAGUUAUUUGGUAGGCCUUCUUCAACACUAUAAUGUUGUAGGUCCGAGGAUAAGUACCCAGACUUUGAAUAAUGAGGUCCAGGUUCAGAUACCCCUAUGGCAGUGAUGUCCCUUAGCAAUGCAUUUUUCUACGUUUUCUGCUCUUCACCUAGGUGAGGUAAAUGAGUAACUGAUCGCUGUUUGUCCUUGUUGAUCGACAAUUUGUACCAAAUAGUAAAAUUGACACCUCACAAUAAUUCCUCCAAGUUUACCAAUUAUCUUUACUAUAUCUGUACACCUACCCUAUCCCCCCCCCCUCAGAAAGAAAAAAAAAUGAAUUGCCUUGUUAUUUCCAGUCAAUUGGAAGUGUACGUUCACCCGAUAAAAAUUUGGAUUUUUAAAAGCAGAAUAUUAAAAUAAUUUUUUUCGUUGUGGUUUGAUGCAAAUCAGUCAAAGAAUAAAGGAGAACCGUCAACAUUUAAAAUUUCAACCUGAGUUUCAUGGGGUCAAAGGUCAAAUGAUAGGAUGUUAUGCACAUCUUUUUUUUUCAAGUUUUUGUUCAACUUGCUCUCAUUUCUGUAUAUCUGCAUCAAGUUGUGUUUAAUAUACUUGGUACAAAUGAUCUGUGGGUAUUACCACAUUUGUGUCCUUGAGGAUGAUAAGGUCAAAGGUUAUACUAGGGGUCAAAAGAUCAUAUUGCAUAUUCGCAAAAUCAGGCGAGACUUGUGGUCCAAGAACCACCUUGUUAUUCAAUUUUGGUUAAAUCUUGAAUGUUGAUUGUACAGUUCUUUAUUUCUACUUGACUGACUCACAUCCCCUCUUAUGUUGAUAUGUUAUUAUGUUUAUAUAUGUAGUUGCGUACAUUCAAUUUUAUGAACUACACCUACAUGUACUUAUUCCGUCCAUAAUUUUCUGUAAAAAUGAUCAGUUUUUUACGACUAAUCUUGCAAAACGAUCCUCUUGUAAAUAGAGUAUAAUGUAUCUUUGAUUUGAUUUAUGAUAUAAUUAUUUUGUUUGUUUGCAAUAUUUACAGUAUUUAUGAUGAAUUGAGAAAUUCAGCAGAGCGUAGUGUAUUCUUAUUUGUUCAUUCUGUACAUAUUGUUGUAUUCUCCUCAUUAAAUGUUCUACUGCAAUUUACAAUCUAUUUCCUUGCUGGCUGCAAUGGUGAUUUUUCUAAUGUUAAUAUUAAUAUGAAUCAGAUGAUUUAUAAUAACUGUUUACAAAUUACCGAAGAAUAACAUAUUGUAAAUAUGACAAGAGGGUAAAUUAUUUGAUACUUUGAAUAUUUUGAAUUUGUACUAUCUUUGUAUAAUUGUGAUGCACAAUAAUUAUUUGUCAUAGUACAUAAUUAUUCAAUUUUGAGAUUUUUUAAAAUUUAUAAUACACAUGUGCCUUGUGACCUGUUUAUAUUUCUGUCUGUUAUUUGACAUACACACCUAUGUUUUCUUGUCCAAGCUUUGAGAAAUUAUUCAUCUUGGCUUAAAUGUCAGGUUAUGUGAUGGAGGAGUUUGGGACAUUACUUUGUCAGUCGGAAGGAAAAUAGUUACACAUAAUACAUAAAACAAGUAACACAAAUUUAAUUACUUUUUAAGACCAAAGUGUCUGUGAUUUACAGACAACAAUGCAUUAUGACAUUGGUUUACCUGCCAUUUUUCAUAGCAAGAGCGUUGUCUAUGAAAGUUUGCUUGGAAGAAUUAAUAAAUUUGUCUGAUGUGGGUUCGAAUCCUGGCCGUGGUGUGUUUUCCUUCAGCAAGAAUGGGUUCCUGGCAGGAUUAAUUCCUUGAAUGCCCUGAGCGCCAGUGAUAGAAGUGAUAAAGCCGGGGUAAUAAUAGCAGCCCUUUGCAUCCCCAGGCAAAAACCGCUUUAUGAAUCGAGCUAUUAUUAUUAUAAUAUAAACACAUAAAUACACCAUUUUGUUUCAUAUCUGUAUGUCAUAUUUUGUAAAAGUAUGGUAGCCAGAUGUUAUUUUAUUGAAUACAGACAUACAUGUAAGUGAUGGUGAUUUGAACAAAUAUUGUCUCAUAUGGUACCAUUCCAAGGUCACAAGUAGUAUGAGUUACCUGUGCAUGUGGUUGGUAUACAAAGCUCUGUGCAUAAUCACUUGAGGAGCUGCUGAACCAAUCCUUAUAAAAGUUUUAUGUCUGUCAUAUUGACUUAUCUUUCCAGCGUCAAGCGAUUGUAUAUCUAGGCCGAUCUAGAACGGUACCUCAUUAGAUGUACAGGUGAACCAGCCAUAGUCGAAGCCCUCGGGACCGCAGAAAUCUCUUCUACUUUUUACUUUUAUAAAGAAAAAUAAAAAUUGCUUUGCAUAAUUUGGUUUGAAAUUUGCUUCAGUGAUUACAGUUAGUUGAUUAGUAAAAAGGAAGUUUAACUUCUGCAGAAUCAACUAAUUCUUUUUUUCUCAUGUUAGUAAUUUGAUAUCAGUAUUUAUAUAUAUUAUUAGUACUAUAUUAUGUAUGAGAAUGAUGUCAUUGGUUUAUUUUGAUGAUUUUAUUUGGGAUUAUUUCACUAAUUGAUCAUGGUGGACAUUUGCAGUUUGGAGUUACUCACAAACAAGAGUAUUCAUUUUGAAAAGAGUUGUAGAUUUACAUUGAUUUGAAUUUUAGCUAUGCAUAUCCAUUUUCGUGAUUGGUCACAACUCGUUCAGCCUUAUUUUUUCACGUGCCGAUUUAUGCAAUCCUUUCUGCAAGGUCUACCCUAGACUGUGGUGGUUUUGGGAUUUCAUCAAUGCAGAAACUCAGAAAAAUUCUUUCAAUUUCCUGGAUAAUUUUAAUUUUACAUUAGUGCACCCCCCUCCCCCC